AUGGAAGGUCUUCAGAAGCAGCAGUGGGCUGAAAUUGAGAACUUCAUUGACUCACAAUACCUAACUUGCAGGAUGCAAAACUGCACAGAUGCCAACAAAAAUAAGCCUUUCCCGGGCUACAUUGACCCUGACUCUCUGAUUGUUCAGGAUGAUUAUGUGUUUGUUCAGCUGACAUCCGGAGGAAGACCACACUACUACGUGUCCUACCGAAGAAGCACGUUUGCGCAAAUGAAGCUCCCGAAGUACGCAUUGCCCAAGGACAUGCAUGUCAUCAGCACAGAUGAGAACCAAGUGUUUGCAGCAGUUCAAGAAUGGAACCAGAAUGACACAUACAACCUUUACAUCUCAGACACCCGUGGUGUCUACUUCACCCUGGCCUUGGAGAAUGUGCAGAGUAGCAGAGGCCCCGAAGGCAAUGUCAUGAUCGACCUCUAUGAGGUAGCAGGGAUAAAGGGAAUGUUCUUGGCUAACAAGAAGAUUGACAACCAAGUGAAGACUUUCAUCACUUACAACAAAGGUAGAGACUGGCGUUUGCUGCAGGCUCCAGAUGCAGAUCUAAGGGGGGACCCUGUGCACUGUUUACUGCCUUACUGUUCACUACACCUUCAUCUCAAGGUCUCUGAGAAUCCCUACACAUCUGGGAUCAUUGCCAGCAGAGACACAGCCCCAAGUAUUAUAGUUGCCUCAGGCAACAUAGGGUCUGAAUUGUCAGACAGCGACAUCAGCAUGUUUGUCUCUUCAGAUGCAGGGAACACUUGGAGGCAGAUCUUUGAAGAAGAGCACAGUAUUUUGUACCUAGAUCAAGGUGGAGUCCUGGUUGCUAUGAAACACACAUCUCUCCCAAUUCGACACCUUUGGCUGAGUUUUGAUGAAGGGAGAUCUUGGAGCAAAUACAGUUUCACAUCCAUUCCACUUUUUGUGGAUGGGGUCCUGGGGGAGCCUGGAGAAGAGACACUAAUCAUGACAGUAUUUGGACACUUCAGCCACCGCUCCGAAUGGCAGCUGGUCAAGGUGGAUUACAAGUCCAUUUUUGAUAGACGCUGUGCUGAAGAAGACUACAGACCCUGGCAGUUACACAGCCAGGGUGAAGCGUGCAUCAUGGGAGCCAAAAGGAUAUAUAAGAAGCGAAAAUCUGAGCGGAAGUGUAUGCAAGGAAAAUACGCGGGAGCGAUGGAAUCUGAGCCGUGUGUUUGCACGGAGGCAGAUUUUGACUGUGACUAUGGCUAUGAGAGACAUAGCAAUGGGCAAUGCCUACCAGCUUUUUGGUUCAACCCAUCCUCACUGUCAAAAGACUGCAGCUUGGGACAGAGCUACCUCAACAGCACUGGUUAUAGGAAGGUGGUCUCCAAUAACUGUACUGAUGGAGUGAGGGAGCAGUAUACUGCCAAACCACAGAAGUGUCCAGGGAAGGCCCCUCGAGGGCUCCGGAUUGUCACUGCAGAUGGAAAACUGACAGCGGAACAAGGACACAAUGUCACUCUAAUGGUGCAACUGGAAGAGGGUGAUGUGCAGCGGACACUCAUCCAGGUGGACUUUGGGGAUGGCAUUGCAGUGUCUUAUGUCAACCUCAGCUCCAUGGAAGACGGAAUCAAGCAUGUCUAUCAGAAUGUGGGCAUUUUCCGAGUGACCGUGCAGGUGGACAACAGUCUGGGGUCUGACAGCGCCGUCCUGUACUUACAUGUAACUUGUAUGUUAUUACUGUUGUUGACUUAUGACAUACCCUUGAUCACCUUGGAGGGAAGCAUAUCAUUCAAGUUUACUUCCGAAGGAAUGAAUACCAUCACAGUACAGGUCUCAGCUGGGAAUGCCAUCCUGCAAGACACAAAGACUAUCGCAGUGUAUGAGGAAUUCCGUUCUCUUCGCUUGGCGUUUUCUCCAAACUUGGAUGACUACAACCCUGACAUCCCAGAAUGGAGGAGGGACAUCAGCCGAGUCAUCAAAAAGUCUCUGGUGGAAGCCACAGGGAUUCCCAGCCAGCACAUCCUGGUAGCAGUGUUACCUGGCUUACCCACAGCUGCUGAGCUCUUUGUUUUGCCCUAUCAGGAUGCAACCAGAGAAAACAAAAGGUCGCCAGAGGACCUGGAGCAGAUAUCUGAAGUUCUAAUCCACAAACUCAACCAAAACUUGGUGCACUUUGAGCUGAAGCCUGGGGUCCAAGUUCUUGUCCAUGCAGCUCACCUAACAGCAGGUCAGUCUCUAUAUUUGGAAGUUCCUGCCAGCAACUGUACUGAAGGGAAGUCGCAUUCAUUGUAAUCAAGGAUAGAUGGUAAUUAUAAACUGGGCAUAGU